AUGGACCAGCCACUGACUGCCCAUGAAGCACCCUCCGUACCUGCUCCUCCACCAGCUGACCUUCGCCCUGCGGAGCCCACGUCAAUGGUAAACAUCUACGAACUCUCGUUUGGUGCAGUAUGUGGCAUAUGCGCAGGUGUAUUCAUCAAGAAAGGCGCCAAGAUGCUGGCCUUCGUCCUUGGAGGGAUCUUCGUUCUUCUCCAAUACUGCAACUCUAUGUCACUGAUCAGUGUCAACUGGGACAAAGCUUCUGAGAGGUUCGACAACCUGUUUUCCAGCACUGGGCCGGAUGGCGUGAGGCACCCGCCCACUGUCGCGUCUCUCUGGAACUGGUUGGUGGAUUUCCUGCUCGCUGACUUCCAGCAGAGGGCGUCAUUCGUCGCUGGCCUUCUUCUGGGUCUGCGCGUUGGAUGA